AUGACGCGUACAAGAAGUAAAGUGAACGCGGAACAACCGCAAGACAUCUACAGCGACGAGGAGCUAGAUACCGCGACUCCCGCGCAAAAGAUGGCGGCCGCGCCCGCGCCAUUAUUUUCACAUGGCAACAGAGACGAUGCAUCAAGCAUUCCCCAUUCCUCUGUGCCACCUCCGCAUCAGCAUGAACACCAGGAGUUCCAGCAUAAUGACGCCGAGGGUGACGAUGCAACACGCAUUCCCCACCGCCCCUCCGCCCCUCACAUUGCUGACACAACAUUCUCACAGCAGAGUGUUUCUAUGCUCCUCGAAGGCCUACAAAGAACGCAAACGAACGCUAUAAAGGAAAUUCUAGACAGCGUUCUCGGCCACCGCGCGAUGACCUCGACUCCCGCGCCGGUGCCUACUGAAAGUGGGAAUUUUGCGCGUUGUAAGGCUGUGUUUAGCGGCGCACCUACCGAGUCCAUAGAAGGAUUUAUAGACGCAGUAGAAAGCUAUAAAGAGUGUGCCAACGUGACUGAUAGUAAUGCAAUAAAAGGUAUGUCAAUGUUGCUAACGCAUGACGCGGCCACCUGGUGGCAGGGCAUUAAAAAUCAAGUGACUACAUGGGACGAGGUCGUAAUUAACCUACGGAGCGCCUACGGCGACCGACGGCCGCCCCAUAGAAUUUACCGCGACUUAUUCGCAACCGAACAACAGAUCGAGAAUACCGACGUGUUUGUUGCUAAAGCGCGCGCCCUGUUAUCAAGGCUACCACAGAAUGAUUUGACUGAAAAAGUUAAAUUAGACAUGAUUUACGGCCUUUUAAACGUGCGAAUAAGAAAACGACUCCGCAGAGAGGAAUUUACUACAUUCGCCGAGUUAUUACAACAUGCUAGAAACAUCGAAGACUCCAUGGGAGAAGAGGAGCGACGAGCAUCAACAGCGAGGCCAUCGCCGGCCGGCGCGAGUACUUUCCGCACCGCCCCGGCCCCCUCCGCUGCCGGCGCGCAGACACGAGGCGUGCCCGCGGUGCGCGCGCAGCCCGCGGCCUCCGCCGCGCUGCCACUGCCGCCGCCGUCCCGCGCUGCCGCAGCCCUGCACGCGCCCGCGCAGCCGCAGCCGCAACAGCGCGGCGUGCCCGGCGUGAACGCGCCUCUUCGGGCUUCCCCGACGACCUCGGCCUCCGCCUCGGGUCCCGCCCGACGCUACUGUACCUACUGCAAGCGCUACGGUCACCGCCGUGAACAGUGCCGUAAGUUGGAGAACAGAGGUAAAGUGUGA